AUGGCAGAAGUUCAGCCUCCUCCGCCGCUUCCACGGCCGUUUACCUACUGUGACCCCGCCAGGAUACCUGUCUUACUUGCCCAAGGCGCAGAAGCCCGAUUAUACAGGACGUAUUUUUUGGACCCUUCCAUUCCGGCAGCAUUAAAAGUGCGCCCAUUAAAGCCAUACCGUCACCCGAUACUCGAUCGCCGGUUAACUCGCCAGCGUAUUCUACAGGAAGCGAGAUGUAUGGCCAAACUGGCUAGAGAAGGAGUUCCGGUUCCUGGUAUAUUGGCAGCCGACUGGGGCCAUAAUUCUGAGCCAGAUACGGAAAAAAAAGAAGGGAGCAGUGCAAAUAAUGGCGGGUGGCUGCUUAUGGAAUGGGUAGAUGGGGAUGUAGUCAGAGAAGUCGUGAAUAGCUGGGAGAAAUGGAUGAAGUCCAGUGGUACGCUAGACGAGCGGGGAACAGCUGGCACGGAUAUUAGCACCUACACUGAGACUGUGAAAGAAAGCGAAAAGAAGAUAUGCGCUCUUCUCCAAAAGAUUGGACGUGCCGUCGGGCUGCUGCAUAAGACUGGGAUUAUACAUGGCGAUUUGACGACAAGCAAUCUCAUGUUAAGACAGACAGCUGGUGGCGUGCCAACUGAGACAACUUCUCUGGAAACCAAUACCAAGAAUUUAGACCCGAGGAGCAGGCUACCUUUCUUGGAUGGUGAGAUAGUUCUCAUUGAUUUUGGGCUUGCCAGCCAGAGUAUCCAAGACGAAGAUAGGGCUGUGGAUUUAUACGUGCUGGAGCGAGCGUUUGCCAGUUCUCAUCCAAGAACCGAGGGCUUAUUCCAAGAGGUUCUCGAGGGAUACGGAGAAAGCUUUAAAGCUGCCAAACCUGUCCUGAAGAGACUGGAGGAAGUGCGCAUGAGAGGAAGGAAGAGAAGCAUGAUUGGAUAAGUAUUAUCACUUAUGGAAGCGCGAUUACAGCUCGACGUUUCUAGUGUCUAAACAAAAUUUAAGCCGCGGCAUGCAACGGCAAAAGUAUUCAUAUACUGGCAUCAUAAACUGCGGGUAUUCUGCGAAAUUAUUGUCUAUAUUGGUGCUGGAGCACUGGGAAACGCUCACGCUUACAUC